CACUCCCCAUUCGGUCGCGUUCUCUCUCGUGCAGCCCAGGGGGAGGUGGGUGGCGGUGCCGCGCCGCGGGCCCCCGGCAUGCCCCGGCGUGAGGGCCUCGGCGAGGGUGCGGAGGACGCCGCGGACAGCGAGGACAGCGUCAUGAGCGACGCCGGCGCCGAGGUGCGGGGGGAGGAGCCGCAGCCGGGGCCCUCGCAGCGUGCCGGACGGCGGCGCUGGAGCAUGGACUCCAGCAACAGCGCAGAGGACGGCUUCAAGACGGUGUGGACGUCCAUGCAGCAGCCCAGGUCAACUCGGGCGGCUGGCAGCCCCGGCGGCAGUCCCGGUGGCAGCCCAGGCCGCAGCCCCGGCGGCAGCCCCCAGCCGGGGCCAAGCACCUACGUCUCUUCCACCGAGUCCAUCGCUGGCGGCGGCCCGAGCGGCGGCCAAGGAGGGCCCGGGGCCGUCUCGGCGUCCUCGUCCGAAGCCAGCACAGAGCAGCCCGACGGCGACAAGGGGAAGCAAUCGGCCGCGCUCAGCGCCUCGGUGGGGCGGAAGACUCGCAGAGGUCGGCGGGGACCCAAAAGGUGUCGGCGAUGCGGUCGAUUCCUAAAGAAGGAGUCGUGGCUCCGCUCCAUCACGCGCAGCGUGUCCAAGUCCCUCACCAGCACGCCGUGGGGACGCCGCCGAGAAUGCAGGUCGUGCGGGAGAACCUUCAGAAGAGGCUACAGGGGAAGAAAUAUGAGUCGGGGACGAAGUUCAAGCCGAGGACGCAGUCUGAGCCGCGGGCGCAGUCGAAGUCGGAGCCGAAGCCGCGCGCGGAGCCGAAGUCGGAGUCGUUCAAUGAAACGAAGGAGGAGCCGGAGCCGAAGCACCAGGAGAAGCACAAGUCGGAGGAGGAGGCGAAGGCGUCGCAGUAUAGAUGAUCAAAAAUUCUUUGUAUGCUAAAAUUCCUCUGGUGAUUCAGCUUGUCCAUUUGAAGAAGAAAAAAGAAUCCCCAGUGUCAAUAGAACAGAGCCACUUAAUUUAAAAUCAAGCCUAGGAUAUCAGACUUUCCACCUCAUGUGCUUCAAAUCUCUAGUAAUCCUAUCUUUGGAAACAUUUAAGUUAGUAAACAAAUUUGUUUUUGAAUCUCAUGCAAAACAAAAGACAUGUUAUCAUCAUAUUAUAAAUUAAAGGUUUAUAUUUUUCAUUCAAUACUGAUACAAAUAUCAUUUAUGGCAGCCAUGUUCUAAAAAUGGACUUGAACACAACAACUGUUCAAUAAUAAAAGUACAACAACAUUAACAAUAAUAGGUACACAUACAACCUAUAAGAUUAACAAAUGUUGAGCGAAACUAAGUACUGAACUCAUUUUUUAAAAAAUUGUCUGAAAUCUAGAAUUUAAGUAAAUGUUCUAGGCUUUACGUAUCAUCAUAUUACAAUAGAGCAUAAUUCUCUUGCUUGAAAUUCACAAGAAGUAAUAGCAAAAUGAAAUUCAUUAUGUAAAAAAAUUGAAAUAACAAAUUUAUUAAAAAUAAAUAAAAGGUCACGGGUAUCAAAAUUACAA